AUGAACUCUAGCCAGGAAACCAACAGGUCUCAGAAGAGAUCACUAGAUCAAGAUGAAGGACAUUCAAGUCAAAACAAAAGAACCAAAACAACCAUAUUAUCAUUACCAGAUGAAUGUUUAAGAAGAAUAACUUGUCAUUUAUCACAAAAAGAUACACUUUCAUUGUUAUAUUCAAAUUCACAUUUUGAAAGAGCAUGUAAAGUUAGACUAUACAGAAGUAUAAUCAUCUGUGAAAAAUCAUUAGAUCGUUCUGAUUAUUAUUUUGCUAAAUUGGUUGAACAAAAACAAUUUAUCGUAUUGACAGGCUUUGAUAAUAUCAAAAAGUUUUUCCAAAUGUUUCAUACAAACUUAGUACAAGGUAAAAAUCCAGGACUGGCAAAAUAUGUUCAAGAAAUAAUAACUUAUGACUUUCUGGAGAGAGAUCUAUUAGAAAAUAUUUGGUUUCGUUCAAAGUCAUUAGAGGAAACCAUGAAUUACUUGAAAUUAGUUUGGGAUGAUGUUUUAAACAGCUUUAUUAACUUGAAAGUUUUCAUUGGACCUAAAUUAUCACUACAUAAGGUUUUUGAAUUUAGCAAACAUAUCACAUCAAAUUUACAAAAACUUUCAAUAUCAAUUGAAAAUGAUUUGUCCUGGACAUCAGACCAAGAUCUAGAAUUACCACAACUUAAAAGUUUAAAACUUAAUAUUCCUUCAAGAAAGGGUUCAAGGCCUCCACGACAUCCUAACCUUGAUACCAUCACUGGUUUUGAAAAACUCUUAGUUCUGGCCAAAUUGUUCAUUAUAAAUAGAUCAACAAAUAAUACAACUUUAGAAGAGUUGGAACUAAAUGCAUCAUUUGGUUCAGAUGAUCUUGAAAGUUAUCGUUCCGUAUUAGAAAGUCAAUUAACAAACAGAAACUCACAUUCGUUUCAAUCUUAUGCAUCAGGUUUUAGAAAUGCAAUUUCGGAUAAUCCUAAUGCUAAACCUCCUUAUUGUUCAAAUGAAUUGGAUAAUGAAAGUGAAAAUGGUGAAAUUCACUUCCAUACUGAUGGGGAAGAAGAUGAGGAUGAUGAUAAUGAAGAAGAUGAGGAUGAUGAUAAUGAAGAAGAUGAAGAUGAUGAUAAUGAAGAAGAUGAAGAUAAAAAUAAUGAUGAAAUUUUCAAAAAAUUAGUCAAUAAAUAUCGUGAGAAAGACUUAGAAGGAAAUUCUAUAAUGAGAGUGUCAUAUGAGGGAGAAAAUCUCCGUUUAGACCCAUACUUUUUUGAUAACAAUCAACUAGCUGGUUCGAGAAAUGUUAAUCUCCAAUAUCAUAAACAUCCAACAGAACUCCCAGAAUCUGAAUUUUUUUCAUAUUUCAUAUUUGCCUUAUUUGAAAAGAAUAUUAAACUUUUAAAUUUGAAAAGAUUAUCAAUUGUUAAUAUGAGAUUUGGAAAAUAUCUUUUCGAAGAUUUUACACCAGCUUUUCAAAACAGAUUAAGUAAAGUCAUACCAAAUUUUCAUAAACUUCAACAAUUAGAUAUUAAGAAUGUUGCUCAUGAUAGUCUUAUGUUUGACCCAACAGAGCGUGAUUUUAUAGAUAUUGAUGAAGAAAUAGGUGAUUAUUAUGCGGCGGACUUUCCAUCAUUGAUCAAUUUUUUCACAAAUCAUCCAAAUACACCACCGGUUUAUGAAAAUAUGAAGAAACUUGUGUUUUACGUUAAUCCAUACCUAGGAGAUCUGACUUUAUUUAAAUAUCCACAUAACCCAUAUUUUAAUUUUCAUUUACAACUUCCAGAUUUCUUUUAUAAAACACCAAAUUUAGAAGAAUUAUUCAUUAAUGCACCCCAACAAACAAAAUUGAAACAUGUUUAUGGAAUCAUUAAUAUAUCAACUGUCAAACUGAAUUUAAAAAAAAUGACAUAUUAUGAACCACAAUGGGGUUCUAAAAUAGCUAGUAGAAUCUUAAAUGCAAGAUUAUACAGAAAAUUCACUAAGCAUUCAAAUUUACACUUAUUGAAUGAAUAUUAUUUAGAAUGUUCUAAUAAAAUUGCUAGACAUUUCCGUCUGAUUGCAACAAUGGAAAAUUCAGGUGCUGCUGAUGAACUUGAUACCUUGUGUAAGAAUCAUGAAGAUACAUUGUUUUUCAAAGAAGAAUUUCUUUAUUUGUUUGGUGAUGAUGCUAGAAGGUUUUUCAAGAUUUGUCCAAAGCUUGAAGAGUUUACUAUUCAUGGAUUUACUUUUGAAAGAAAUAAAAACAUUUUCGUUUGA